AUGACUCCUGAUGAUAUGACACUUUGUUAUAAGAAAGUGGAUGACUAUGUUGGAAUUGGGGAGGAAGACGAGGACUUCCAGCAGUUUCUGAAGAUGUGUGUAUCAAAAUCAAACUUCAUGCUAAACUUUCAGCUAGAGACUGUACAAAAACCAUUUUCAGAGUGGAGGCUUGACAAAGUCUGUGAAAUCUUUGGACUGCCUUCUGCAUACCAAGCUUUGCCCAAGUUUGACUGUGGAACUAUUGGACCAUCUAUUCAAGGACCUGGAGUUUUGACAAAGAACGAUACUUGUCAACAUCAACGAGCCAUCUUGCAGAGACUGCAUGAUGUAAUAGUCGGCAUUGUCGAAGUGAAAAAUGAACUUUUCAAUCAGGGUAUGGCUCAGGCCCUCAUGCAGGUCGUUGCAUCGCUCGAAAUGAACCGAAGAAAGCACAAGCAUUCAGAAAUGGAGGACCAGUUUGUUGGUAAGGUAUAUGGAAUCGUCACAGAUAGCAAAAGCUGGUGGUUUGUCGAAUGUACUAUGGAUGAGGACAAAAAGAAAUUUAAGAUUCAUUCCGAUAAGCCUGCUUCGCUCGAGUGGAGCACUGACAGAUUGAGGGAAAGUAUUGGUAAGAUUUUGGGUCGAAUCAUUUGGCUAUUGAAAGAUACAGAAAAAUGGGUGAGUAUGAGUACGAUGGAUAAGAAGCACCGAAUUAGUGAAUAG